AUGAUGAAGUACGCAGAUUGGGUCAAUGUGAUGACAUAUGAUCUUCAUGGAGUAUGGGAUGCUUCUGAUCCAAUUGGGAGUAUUGUCCAAGGACAUACUAAUCUGACUGAGAUCAAGAGUGCCCUGGAUCUCUUUCGGAGAGUUGAGAAUUCCCCCGCGCAAGUGGUCCUGGGCUUCGGGUUUUAUGGUCGUGCGUUCACCCUUCAAGAUAAGACAUGCACAAAACCUGGUUGCGCUUUCAAGGGUGCCUCAGACGCUGGGCCCUGUUCAGAUACAGCUGGUAUGCUUGCGUACUAUGAGAUUGCCAGUAUUCUACAGGGCACCUCGAAGAAGCGAGCCACCAUUACACCGGUUCACGACAAAGAGGCUGCUGUCAACUAUUCCACCUUUGAUGAUGAUCAAUGGGUCUCGUAUGAUGACAAAACUACAUUCAAGCAAAAGGUCUCCUGGGCGGAUGAAGUGGGACUGGGAGGUGCAAUGAUUUGGGCGUCUGACUUGGAUACCGAUAAGUACGCUGCCCAUACAGAUCUUCUUGAUCGGGAAAUUAUUUCUACAUCGACACUUCAGCUUGAGAAUAAGGCAGUGGCAAAUCCCGGGACAACUGUGCAAGAUCUGUCUGCCUUCACUGGACAAAAAUGCUUCAAACACACAGGGAAAUGUCUCAAGAUUGAUGACACAGACGCCAUGUCCAAAGCAUGCGGCAGCGGAUAUAGUGUCGUUGGCUGGAACGAUGCAGGAUGUGGAAAAUCUAAUUGUCAUUGUGGAAAGCCGGUGUGUUGCCCAAAUGGAGCGGCCCCGAAAAAUUGCAUGUGGCGUGGACAGGACACUGGUCAACAAGGUGCCAGCUCUGAUUGCAGCGGGCAGUGUGCCGCGGGAGAAAUCAACGUUGCUGGUAUUCGUUCUUCUUGGGGUGGUGGGUAUCUCAAUGAUAGAGACACGAACAAGUGUGGCCGUGGCUACAAAGCAUUCUGCUGCCCAGACCCAGACUUCAAGCAGGUUACCAAGACUUGUUCUUGGGCGAAGUGGUGA